AAGGAAAAUGACGUCAUCAUGCUUGCAGCCUAGCAACAGAAAAAGAAGGCGCAGCAAAGCGGAAACAAGCUAAAUGCUAAAUUACGCGUUCCGUGUAAAACGUCUUCAUCUUUUUCAAUAUCAUAAUCAUACCUGACGGCGAACACAACUGUAGUUCACACGGGUGCGUGUCGAGACUCAAAACGAGUGUAAAAAUCUCGCUAUAGCGAGCUCGAAGCGCGUUAGCAUUAGCAUUAGCUGUAGUUAACGGUUUGGGGCAUUUGUAGAUAUGUAUUCUUUGUGUCAGGCUUUCCGCGACAGUGAAGCUCACCUCGUUGGGUGGAAACCAUGUUAAACAACCGCAGCAACGCCGAUGUUAUGAGAAGGUCGCUCAUAAUGUAGUGCACUUAGUUUAGGACGACAGAAGCCUGGGAUAGCGGUGGGACUGUGGAGGCUCGAUGAGCACUUGACUGCCGUCCACGCUCGGCCUGACAUGUUUAGUCUGAUGGCGAACUGCUGCAACUGGCUCAAACGCUGGCGAGAGCCGGCAAGAAAAGUGACUCUGGUAAUGGUAGGAUUGGAUAAUGCAGGAAAGACCGCCACAGUACGUGGAAUUCAAGGAGAGAAUCCCCAAGAUGUCGCCCCAACUGUGGGUUUUUCUAAGGUUGACCUGAAGCAGGGCAAGUUUGAGGUCACGAUCUUCGAUCUGGGCGGUGGGAAGAGGAUCCGUGGCAUAUGGAAGAAUUACUACUCUGAGUCACACGGUGUGGUGUUUGUGGUGGACUCCAGCGAUGUGCAGCGAAUCCAGGAGACACGGGAAACCAUGGCAGAAGUCCUGCAGCACCCACGCAUCGCUGGGAAGCCUGUGCUCGUACUUGCCAACAAACAAGAUCAGGAGGGCGCAUUGGCUGAAGCAGAUAUCAUUGAGAACCUGUCGUUAGAGAAGCUUGUUAAUGAGAACAAGUGUCUUUGUCAGAUUGAGCCGUGCUCUGCAGUCUUGGGUUAUGGCAAAAAAUUUGACAAAUCCAUUAAAAGGGGCCUGAGCUGGCUGCUUAACAACAUUGCCAAAGAUUAUGAGGCCAUCACCGAGCGCGUGCAGAAAGACACAGCAGAGCAGCACGCUCAGGAGGAGCAGGAUAAGAAAGAAAGGGUAGAACGAGUCAGACGGAUACGAGAAGAGAGAGAGCGGCAAGAGAGGGAGGAGGCAGACCGCGAAGGCGUGCAUGCCUGCAAAGACGAGCUUUUUGAACAACACGUGCACAACCCCUUCCAGCCCAUCGAAAAUGUCCUAACUGAGUGUGAAGAUAAGGAAAAUUGGAAGAGGAGGCAACAGGAGCUGCAGGAGCACAUGAGCAACAGUUUUAAGACAGAUGCAGAGGCAGAGGCAGAGUUUGAGGAGGAUAAUCACGAAGAGCCAGACAAUUCCAGACAAACGCCGGAAAAUUCCAGUUCAAGCACCGCUACUGAGCCGAGCAAGAAAAAAGGGAGAAAGUUGUAUCUGAAGAGGAAGCACCGUGUGGACCCGCUGAAGACGGAGGAGGGGCAGGGAGAUAACGCCACUCCUCCACCUCCUCCCGUUGGAUGGGCCACGCCUAAAGUUUCUAGGCUGCCCAAACUAGAGCCACUCUGGGACUCAAAGCCCUCUGAGUUUAACAAGAAGCCCCUCCCACCUGUUGCAAACAGGCCGCAGCCUAACAGUGACACUCAUGACGUGGUUUUUUAACCUCUUCGCCGAUCGAGGCCCCACCCGAUCACGGCUCUCCCCUUUUGCUUUUUGCCUCAAGCAAAUGGAGUGUAAACAACCGAACGCACACAACCUGCAGCUUCUCUGGGAAAGAGCAGCUUGGGAGCACUGAGCAUGAUGUAAGAGGUAAAGAGGCAACACAGAAAUGGGCGUCCUGUUAAGAGGUCCUUAAAACGGUGGUUUCACUGACAUGGAAAAAAAUAUUUUACUAUACACUUGUUUGUUCAUGUACCAUAUGUUUUUACAAUGUUAUUAAACUAAAA